GUGUCGAGCAGCCAUUGACCAGAGACGCUGCACCGUGUUUAAAUGAUACUCAGCUAAACCCGCGACGGAGAAGGAGAGUUUGUGACAGCAGCCAUGAGGAGGAAUAAAGCGGAGGUGGAGCGCUAUAUUUCCGCAGUUCAGAGCGCCUCUCCCUCUCAGAAACAGAAUUCAGUGAAAGGGUUUCUGUUUGCCAAACUUUACUUUGAGGCUAAAGAAUAUGAGCUUGCUAAAAGGCAUGUUUCGGAGUAUUUGACGGCUCAGCCGAGGGAUGCUAAAGCGCACCGGUUCCUCGGGCAGCUGUUCGAGCGGGACGGGGAAACGGACAAAGCUGUGGGAUGCUACAAGCGUUCAGUGGAUCUGAAUCCGGCUCAGUCAGACCUGGUUCUGAAGCUGGCGGAGCUGCUGUGCGGGAAACCGGAGCCUGACAACCGGGCCGAGUACUGGGUGGAGAAAGCUGCCAAGCUGCUGCCGGGACAUCCCAACGUCUUCAACCUGAGGGAGAAGCUUCUGAGCACACGAGGACAGAACGGCUCCAUCCAGCUGUACGAGCUGCUUCAGUCUGAGCUCAAGCUGCGGCCCGAUGACUCUUACAUCAAUGACCGGCUGGUGCGUCUGUACAGUGCAGACGGCCGGCACGACGAGGCGGUGAAGCACUGUCUGGAGGUGGAGAAGACCGGCCUUCUGAGGGACCGUCUGGAGUGGUACGAGCUUCUGGUCAGCACCCUUCAGGAGUAUCUCUACCGGCCAAGCGUGGCAUCGAACGAGCAGGCGUCGCGCAAGUUUCACAAGGAGCUGCUGCUGGCGCUCUGCAGCCGCGUCCGACUGACGCUGAAGGAGAAGAGCUGUGAGGAGAGUGCUGAUGCUCUCUGGAGCUUAGACCGUGCGAUGCAGUCUCUGAAGAACAAGGCCACGAACACUCUGGAUGAGCUGUCGGAGGUGUUCACGGAGACGAGAGCUCAGCUGUACCUGUACGCCGGGACGCUGCUGCUGAAGACGGCGCAGGACGGGGCGCAGCAGUGGAGGGCCGUGCGGGAUUUAGCGGCUGUCUGUUACCUCGUGGCCUAUCAGGCUCCGAGACCCAAAGUCAAGAGUUUGAAAGGUGAGCAGGCGUCCCAUGAGCCUUUGGAGCUGCUGGCCUCGGACCGCCAGAGUCAGGCGGGUCACAUGCUGUUGAAUCUGAGCCGGGACGUGGAGCAGCUGCUGAAGGAGGUGGUGGAGGCGUUCGGGAACCGGAACGGGCCGAGUCUUCUGUUCGACAUGCUUUUCGGCUCACAGGCGCACAACCAGCUCUCCUUCAUCUGCAACGACGAGAUGCACAUGGUCAGCACACACGCGCCCAGCACCGACGAUCUGGCCAAGUGGGACAGCGGUGCGGUGCUGCUGCACGCGGGCGAUCUUCAGCACCUGGCGUGGCUCGGCCUGCAGUGGGCGCUGAUGGAGCAGAGUGUUAGCCUGCAGCGCUGGCUCAAGCAGCUCUUCCCUCGCCUCACGCUCGAGACCUCCAAACUAGACACCAACUCACCCGAGUCCAUCUGCCUGCUCGACCUGGAGGUAUUCUUGUGUGGCGUUGUGUUCAGCAGUCAGACGCAGCUGCAGGAGACGGCACGGAUGGCCUCGUGCUCCUCACCGCAUCAGCCCCGGUGUUUGCCUCUGCACAUCAUCAGGCUCCUGUCCUCCGCCAAGCAGCGCGAGUGGUGGGACGCCGUCUACCGCCUGAUCCACAAGAGAGCGCUGCUUGGGACGUCGGCUAAACUGCGGAUGCUGGUUCAGCACGGUCUCGGCACGCUGCGCGCCGGAGAGAAACACGGCCUUCAGCCGGCGCUGCUCAUCCACUGGGCUCAGCAUCUCACUGAUGUGGGGGAACGGGUGAACUCUUACUAUGAUCAGAAGGACUAUGCAGGCCGCAGUGUGCACUACUGGAAAGUUGUGCUUCCCUUGCUUGAGAAAAUCCGAAACAAACGCAGUAUUCCUGAACCUCUGGAGCCGAUGUUCAUGCACUUUCACAGUAUAGACAUACAGCCUUCUCAAGUGCGAGUAUAUGAGGAAGAGGCCGCCAUAAGCUCUGCCACACUGCUUGACAUCGAGGGCAACACCGACGAGGCUAUCGCAAAGCUGGAGAAGCUCAACAGCACCUCGUCUAACUGGCAUCUUGCUAAGAUCUAUCAGAGGCUGUCGGAGGAGGCGGGAAACGGGAUGGAGGAGACGCAGGGCAGGUGCACCAACUUCCUCCUGCAGUUCAGGAAAUACCUGACAAAGAUUUAUCAGGCCAGUCCAGAAGACAUGGACAAGUUGCCUGUGUCUAUGGAGGAUGUGAUGGAUAUGCUGAACGAGGUCAACCAGCAGCUUGCAGAAGAUGACGAGCGGGAUGAAGAUCAUGUGGACUAUCCGCUGACGUCCAGCCCCGGUCAGCCCACUGAGCAACAUGUGAAGUUCUCCACUCCGUCUCCGUCUCCAUCCAAAAGUGCCACGUCUCCAUCUAAAAGAUCCAUGUUCUCGCCCAAAACGACUCCUCUCUGGGCCGAGGACCAAAAGUCCCUCCUGCAGAUGCUGUGCCAGCAGGUCGAGUCCUUGAAGAAUGAGGUUCAUGACCUGCGCCUUAAUUCCCCUGAAGCGACAGCAUCCUCAUAUAGGAUGUACAGAGAUAAUUAUCCUGCAGAAGGACUUCAGGAAGGAUUUCCUGGACCACAGGCCUUCCAUGGUGCUCCUCUUACUGUUGCCACUACAGGUCCCUCUGCAUACUACAACCAGUCUCCAGCAUAUAAUUCACAGUAUCUUCUACGCACUGCUGCAAAUGUUACACCAACAAAGGGCCCAGUAUACGGGAUGAAUCGUCUUCCUCCACAGCAGCAUAUGUAUGCCUACCAACAAUCAACACACACACCACCUCUUCAGUCAACUCCUGCAUGCAUAUAUCCUCAAGAGCAGGUCUUUGGUGCUCCCAUCCGGUUUGAGUCACCAGCUACAUCCUUACUCUCCCCAUACAGUGAAGAGUAUUAUGGUCACAAUUUUCCUCAACCUACAGUCAAUCCAACAUUACCAGAGCCUGGAUAUUUCACUAAGCCAUGUGUCGAUACAUCCACGCAGCCAUCCAAGAGCAGUGAAAACAAGGCUGUUGACCCCAAGAUGAGUCUUGGGUCGCAGUUCACAGGUGAACCUCCUAAGGUUCCAAACUUUGGGGGGGUUGCCGGUGCCCCAUCAACAUCGGCAACAACUGCAUUCAAGUUCAACUCCAAUUUCAAGUCCAAUGAUGGUGAUUUCACCUUUUCCUCAGCUCAGAUGAAAAAUAGUGAAAGCCUCUUGGGACUUCUGACGUCAGAUAUUCCUCCCAAAGCGGAAGGACCAUCAGAACCGAAACAUCAGACCCAAGAGCAUCCGCCUAGCCAAAGUGGAGUCUUUACUUUUGGAAGUAAAAGUGCCACAGGGUUUUCAUUCACCGAUGCUGCUCAGAGCAAAAUGAAUAUUUUUGGCAACACUGACCAAAGCUUUAGCUUUGCAAGUGGAACCAAACCUGUAUUAGGAAAUCCAGAGGUUCGGGAAGAGAAAAGCGGGGAAAGUGAUAAUGAUAGCACCCAUGUGGAUGAGGAAGAGGAUGGACCUCAUUUUGAGCCCAUUGUGCCUCUUCCUGAUAAGGUUGAUGUGAAAACGGGUGAGGAGGAGGAAGAGGAGAUGUUCUGCAAGAGGGCAAAACUCUUCCGGUUCGACCCUGAGACUAAAGAAUGGAAAGAGAGGGGCAUUGGAAGUUUCAAAAUUCUAAAACACAGAACAUCCGGGAAAGUUCGUCUGUUGAUGAGGAGGGAACAGGUUCUCAAAAUCUGUGCUAAUCACUAUAUCACUGCAGAUAUGGUCCUCAAACCAAAUGCUGGAUCUGACAAGUCCUGGGUGUGGUAUGCUAUGGACUAUGCAGAUGAAAUGCCCAAGACUGAGCAGUUGGCCAUUCGUUUUAAAACUGCGGAUGAGGCCACACUGUUUAAAUUCAAAUUUGAGGAAGCUCAAAAAUUCAUUCUAGAGUCCCCACAAGGCCAACAAAUGGAAAAUAAAUAUGAAACUCCGAAGCCUCAGGUUUCAUCCAAAGAAAUGGAUCUUAAAACACUGUUUUCCAAGAAGACGGGUGAAUGGGACUGCAAUGUGUGCUGUGUAAGAAACGCUCCCACAUCUGCAGUGUGUGUUGCCUGCAACAGUGCAGCUCCUUCUACAGCAAAGGAAAAACCUGUAGUGUCCCCACAUGGCCAACAGUUGAAAAAGAAAUGUGAAACUCCAAAGCCUCAGGUUUCAUCCAAAGAAAUGGAUCUUAAAACACUGUUUUCCAAGAAGACGGGUGAAUGGGACUGCAAUGUGUGCUGUGUAAGAAACGCUCCCACAUCUGCAGUGUGUGUUGCCUGCAACAGUGCAGCUCCUUCUACAGCAAAGGAAAAACCUGUAGUGUCCCCACAUGGCCAACAUUUGAAAAAGAAAUGUGAAACUCCAAAGCCUCAGGUUUCAUCCAAAGAAAUGGAUCUUAAAACACUGUUUUCCAAGAAGACGGGUGAAUGGGACUGUGAUGUGUGCUGUGUAAGAAACGCUCCCACAUCUGCCGUGUGUGUUGCCUGCAACAGUGCAGCUCCUUCUACAGCAAAGGAAAAACCUGUAGUGUCCCCACAUGGCCAACAGUUGAAAAAGAAAUGUGAAACUCCAAAGCCUCAGGUUUCAUCCAAAGAAAUGGAUCUUAAAACACUGUUUUCCAAGAAGCAGGGUGAAUGGGACUGUGAUGUGUGCUGUGUAAGAAACGCUCCCACAUCUGCAGUGUGUGUUGCCUGCAACAGUGCAGCUCCUUCUACAGCAAAGAACAAACCUGUAGAGGAACUUAAAGGCUCUGCGCCUGUGGCUCCUCCUGCCAAAUCUUUUUCUUUUGGACUUACUGGAGACACUGAUGUCAGCUCAAAGGGAUUAGCAUUUGGGUCUCAAAUACCAGUUUCUUUUCAAUUUGGAUCAAAUGAUUCUGCAGUAACAUCCGUUGACCUUGCAGCUCAGGCUGAUAAGAAAACUAUUCAGACUGAUGCACCACAACAUGCGAAAGUCUCAUUAACUCCAGUUUUCCCUUUUGGCUCUGGUUUUGGCUCUCAAUUUGUCAAGAAAGAGGGUCAAUGGGACUGUGACUCCUGCUUAGUGAGGAAUGAUGCUUCAGCAACUGAAUGCGUUUCUUGCAAAGCCCCCUGCAGCAUUAAGUUAGCUGCCAUGUUUGGUAAAAAAGAGGGACAGUGGGAUUGUGACACUUGCCUGGUAAGAAAUGAAGGUACAGCUAGGCAGUGUGUUUCAUGUCAGGCAGCAAACCCAAAUAUGAAAGGCAAGACUUCAUCAAGUUCCUCUUUUUCAUUCAGUUUUGGUAGUUCUAGCAAGCAACCUGCUGCAACAGGAUUUACUGCCAAUUUCAAUCCAGGUCCUGCUUUUCAGUUUGGUACAAGUAAGGAAAAAGCAUCCUCAGAAGGUUUUAAGUUUGUAGAGUCCUCUACAUCUCAGGCUGAUAAGUCAAGCAGUUCAAAUUUUUCGUUUUCCAUGCCAGUCCCCGAUGGUGGUUUCAAGUUUGGGAUUGCAGAAUCUGAGGCAAACGCAUCAGACGGACAGUCACAAAAUGGAUCUGCAUCUGACCUCCUAAAAAAUAUUGCUGAACUUCACAGAGAGAAGGAAAAAGAAGCAAUCCCAAGUUCCUCAGAUGAGCUCGUAGACACUGGUAGCCACGAUAAUAAUCCCCUCAUUACCGGUAAGCCUAAUUCCUUUGGUUUCGCAGAAUUGGCAAAUACUUCACAGGGUAGUUUUCAGUUCGGCCAGAAGGAUAUUGCUGAACUUCACAGAGAGAAGGAAAAAGAGGCAAUCCCAAGUUCCUCAGAUGAGCCCUUAGAUACUGGUAGUCACGAUAAUAAUCCCCUCCUUACCGGUAAGCCUGACUCUUUUAGUUUUGCAGACUUGGCAACGUGCUCACAAGGUAGUUUUCAGUUUGGCCAGGAGGAUCCCACUUUCAAAGGCUUUGCCGGGGCUGGCCAGCAGCUGUUUACAGCAAUUAAAUCCAGCUCCAAGACAGACACCUCUGCUGAUCAAGAAGAUGAAAUGUACAGAACAGAGGACAAUGACGAUAUUCAGUUUGAGCCAGUUGUUCAGAUGCCUGAGAAGGUUGACCUUGUUACAGGGGAAGAAGAUGAGAAAAGCUUGUAUUCGCAGCGUGUCAAACUCUUCAGAUUUGAUACAGAAACAAGCCAAUGGAAAGAAAGAGGAGUUGGAAACCUUAAGCUGCUCAAAAAUAAUAAGAAUGGGAGACUUCGAGUUCUUAUGAGGAGAGAGCAGGUGUUGAAGGUAUGUGCUAAUCAUUGGAUAACAACCACAAUGAACUUGAAGCCCCUCUCUGGGUCAGACCGAGCCUGGAUGUGGAUAGCCAAUGACUUUUCAGAUGGAGAUGCCAGAUUAGAACAGCUUGCGGCAAAAUUCAAAACACCAGAGCUUGCAGAAGAGUUCAAGCAAAGAUUUGAGGAGUGUCAGCGGCUGCUAUUGGAUAUUCCUUUACAGACCCCUCACAAGCUUGUGAAUACUGGCAGAACGGCCCAACUUAUACAGAAAGCUGAAGAAAUGAAAUCUGGUCUUAAAGACCUCAAAUCAUUCUUGACUUUCCAAAGCAAGGAUGAUGAAAGUAGCAUUGCAGGUAUCAGUACCUCUUCAGUCAUAGUCAAGCUCGACUCUGAAAGCACCACAACUGCUUUAGAAUGGGAUAAUUAUGAUUUGCAAGAAGAAGCACUUGAGAACUAUGCUGAUUCUUCUGUGUGCAAUACAUCUUUGCAGCCUGAUCCAGUAGCAAAAAGUUUGUUCCGUUUUGGCGAAUCGUCCACAGGUUUUAGUUUCAGUUUUCAGCCUAUUCUCAGUCCCUCCAAGUCUCCAUCAAAGCUAAACCAGAGCCAGGCUUCUGUAGGCACAGAUGAUGAACAAGAAGCAUCGCAAGAGGAAGAUCGAGAUGGUCAGUACUUUGAGCCUGUUGUGCCAUUGCCUGAUCUUGUCGAGGUCUCAACAGGAGAGGAGAACGAGCAAGUCAUUUUCAGUCACAGGGCCAAACUAUACCGCUAUGAUAAAGAACUUAGUCAAUGGAAGGAACGAGGUAUAGGAGACCUUAAAAUACUACAAAACUACGAAACAAAGCGCGUCAGACUUGUUAUGAGGCGGGACCAGGUCCUGAAACUGUGUGCAAACCAUUGGAUUGCUUCAAAUAUGAAUCUUGAGCCCAUGAAAGGAUCCGAGAAAGCAUGGAUCUGGAGUGCCUUCGAUUUUGCUGAAGGGCAGGGCAAGAUUGAACAGUUGGCUGUACGGUUUAAACUGGAGGAAACUGCAAGAAUGUUCAAAGAAGUCUUCGAAGAGGCAAAGACUGCCCAGGAAAAAGACACUCUUCUCACCCUGCUUUCCGCAAGAGUACCUGCCUUCAGCCAAGAGCCACUUUGUGGUAAGGCUGCAGUUGCUGUACUUGAGGAAACCACAAAAGAACGUACUGAACUUCCUGAGGUUGAAAGCAGCCCUAAACUAGAUGGGUCGCCUGGGGCAGAGCUUGGCGCUCAGGUCACCAAGACUCCCAAGUUCUCUCUGGUCUCUCCUCCCAAGUUCGUCUUUGGUUCAGACUCUGUGGAGAAGAUCUUUGGGAGCCCUUUGUCAUCAAAAGAGAAAUCACCUGUUAUGAUUCCCAGUCCAAAAGAUGAGGAAACGAGUGCCUCAAGACUGAAAACCUCUGGACAGGAAGUGACCAGUCAACCAUCCAUUGGGAAUCCUUUCAGCAUCCCAACAAGUUUGGAUUUUAGGCUUUUCAAAAAUAAUCCAAUGGCAUUUUGGAGCUGCACAUCAGCCACCCAGUUUGAAGCCCAAGUUUCGCCUGGGUCAGAACAGAAGAACGCUCCGGACGUGUGUGAUGAUGAAGAUGGUGAUGAUGUUGAGAUUAUAUUUGAGCGUAAGCCAACGAGAGAGCAGGCAGAACUGGCCGCCCGACUGAUGCUUCCUCCUGCGUUCUUCUGUUACAAAAACGUCCCAGGAUACGUCAGUGACGAUGACAAUGAUGAUGAAGAUUUUGAAACCGCAGUGAGGAAUCUGAGAGGAAAGCUGUAUCCGGACGGAGCUGAUGGGGCGUCAGAUCACGACUCUGAGGUCACACUAGUGUGGGAGAAGCAGCCGACUGCAGACGAGGAGCAGAGAGCCAGACGCCUGAAGCUGCCGCCCACCUUCCUCUGCGGCGUCAGCAGCGACUCCGACUCCGAGCGACCCGACGACUUCAGCGCAGAGCUACACACACUGCAGCACGCUCAGGUGAAGCCGAAGCCUUCCCAUGAUGCAGCAGCGGAAGAGCCUCCCGUGGACGGCAGCAUUGACCCCAUUGACCUCUCCACGAAGAGGAGCAGCGAGAGCGAGUCCAGCUCCACUGCAGCAGGUCUUCCUUUUGCAUUUGCAUCUGCAUCUGAGAGUGCGUUUUCAUUUGCAGACUUGGCAAAGACUUCAGGAGAAUUUGCUUUUGGCAAAAAAGAUGCAAAUUUUUCUUGGUCAAACGCCGGAGCCACGGUCUUUGGUAGUGCACCAGCGCGAACUGAAGGAGGGGAAGCACACAAUGAAGGAGAAGAGGGCAGUGAUGACGAAUCUCCCCGUAAUGAGGAGAUCCACUUUGAGCCGAUCGUGUCCUUGCCAGAGGUGGAGGUGAAGUCUGGCGAGGAGGACGAGGAUAUUCUGUUCAAAGAAAGGACUAAACUCUACCGCUGGGACCGCGAGCUCAACCAGUGGAAGGAGCGCGGUGUGGGAGACAUCAAGAUCCUCUUCCACCCCGUCAAGAAGUGCUACCGUGUGCUGAUGAGACGCGAGCAGGUGCUGAAGGUCUGUGCUAACCACACCAUCACCCAGAGCAUCGAGCUCAAGCCCAUGAACACCUCGGCCAACGCGCUGGUGUGGACCGCCACCGACCACUCAGAGGGAGACGGGAAGGUCGAGCAGCUUGCGGCCAAGUUCAAGACUCCAGAGCUGGCCGAGUCCUUCAGACGAGCGUUCGUCGACUGCCAGAGCUUCAUGUCGCGGGCCGACUGCACUCAGGUGUCCGUGGCCGAGGCGCAUUCUCGAGACUCCAAUCCUGUAGUGUUCUUCAACAUGGCUGUCGAUGGCGAGCCAGCUGGGAGAAUCGUCAUGGAGCUGUUCGCUCACAUCGUUCCCAAAACGGCGGAGAACUUCCGGGCUCUGUGCACGGGCGAGAAGGGCUUCGGUUUCCACAGCUCUGUCUUCCACAGGAUCAUCCCUGACUUCAUGUGUCAGGGAGGCGACAUCACCAGCGGGGACGGGACGGGAGGACGGUCCAUCUACGGAGGGAAGUUUGAGGACGAGAACUUCGACGUGAGGCACACGGGCCCGGGACUGCUGUCCAUGGCCAACCGCGGCAGAGACACCAACACCUCGCAGUUCUUCAUCACACUCAAGAAAGCAGAACACCUGGACUUCAAGCACGUGGCUUUCGGCUUCGUCAAAGAAGGCAUGGAUGUGGUGAAGAGAAUAGCAGAGCUGGGCAGUAAGGACGGCAAACCCACUAAAGCCAUCACCGUCUCAGACUGUGGACAGUUGUAAACUUUUCUACGUUUGGCAAACUUCUGUUCAUGUGAGA